UCCGGCCGUCGUGCGUGGGAGAGUUUGCUUUGUUCGUGUGCGGUGCAUUUCGCUGUCGUUCCCAGUCGCCGCGGAUUCCUCCCGCACUUUUGCCACUAUCGCGUCUGCCUUGUGUGCUCGGCGUUGCACUGUCGGAGCUUCCAUUGAUGAAUUUUUCAGUGGUUCCGAGGAAAUUCCUGCGUUCGCCCUGGAAGAGUGCCCGCGCCAGCGGUCGUAGUGCCCCGGAGCCGUUCUAGUGUGUGAUGUUAUUCAAAUUGGGAACGUUGCAUGGCCUUUUCGGAUAAUAGUUGUGAAUAAAUAAUGAGUGGAGUGAAGGUGGAGAGUGCUCGCCAGUGAAGUUAGAAAUAGUCGAGAAUUGUUGGCGAAAUGAAGUUGCUUGUGGCGGUGCUGGCGGCGAUGCCGCUGAUGCUUCGCCUGCCGCGCUGCGAGGGUGCCCAGCGGUACGAGAGCUCGCCCGGCGAAGUCGUGUCCGCGUCAGACAUGUUCCCGCCGCACAACCGCUGCGAGCCCAUCACGCUGUCCAUCUGCAAGGAUAUCCCCUACAACAUGACCAUCAUGCCCAACCUGAUCGGACACACGCGCCAGGAGGAGGCCGGCCUGGAAGUGCAUCAGUUCGCGCCGCUCGUCAAGAUCGCCUGCAGCCCCGACCUGCAGCUGUUCCUGUGCUCGCUCUACGUUCCCGUGUGCACAAUCCUCGAGGAACCCAUCCCGCCGUGCCGCAGCUUGUGUGAAUCGGCUCGCACUUGCGAGGGGCUGAUGCGCCACUACGACUUCCAGUGGCCCGAGAACCUGGAGUGCUCCAAGUUCCCGCAGGCGGGCACCGACGUCCUUUGUGUCGCCCAAAACAACAGCGGAACCACCCCGUCCCCCAUCCGGCACAACACGCCGCGGAUCGUCAAUCCAAGGAAACACCCCGAGUCAGGACCGUAUCGCAACAUCGGAUUCGUCUGUCCCGUGCAGCUGAAGACGCCCUCGGGGAUGGGAUACUCCUUGAAGGUUGGCGGAAAGGAGACGGACGAUUGUGGAGCUCCUUGCCAUGCAAUGUUCUUCCCGGAGAGCGAACGCACGGUGCUUAGAUACUGGGUUGGAUCAUGGGCGGCGGUGUGCGUCGCUAGUUGCUUAUUCACGGUGCUAACUUUUCUAAUAGAUUCGUCGCGUUUCCGCUACCCCGAACGUGCCAUAGUGUUUCUCGCCGUUUGCUAUUUGGUUGUCGGUUGUGCUUACGUCGCAGGUCUGGGUGCGGGUGAUUCGGUCGCGUGUCGCGAACCUUUUCCGCCGCCAAUUCGGUUGGGACGCCUCCAAAUGAUGUCGACAAUAACACAGGGACAUCGUCAGUCAACCUCGUGUACGGUCCUCUUCAUGGCACUUUACUUCUGUUGUAUGGCUGCAUUCGCAUGGUGGUCAUGUCUGGCACUAGCCUGGUUCCUUGCAGCUGGACUCAAGUGGGGUCACGAAGCCAUUGAAAAUAAGUCGCAUCUCUUCCAUUUAGCCGCCUGGGCGAUACCAGCCCUUCAGACGAUUUCAGUUUUAGCGUUGGCCAAAGUAGAAGGUGACAUCCUCUCCGGCGUCUGCUUUGUAGGCCAACUCGACACCCAUUCACUCGCUGUCUUCCUCCUGUUGCCACUAUGCAUUUACCUGUCCAUCGGAGCGCUGUUCCUCCUCGCUGGAUUCGUCUCCCUCUUCCGUAUACGCACUGUCAUGAAAACAGACGGCAAAAGAACUGAUAAGCUUGAACGACUCAUGAUAAGAAUCGGGUUCUUCAGUGGCCUAUUUAUCCUGCCAGCGCUAGGCUAUUUAGGAUGCUUGUUCUACGAGUACUACAAUUUUGACGAGUGGAUGGUCCAGUGGAAUGAGGACAUGUGCAAGAUAUUUUCGAUACCCUGUCCUCUGCCUAAUCCAAAUGGCGAUUCGAGGCCUGUGUUCCAAAUUUAUAUGGUGAAAUACUUGUGUUCGAUGUUAGUCGGGGUCACAUCCAGUGUGUGGCUCUAUUCUAGCAAAACAGUAGUUAGCUGGCGAAUGUUUAUCGAACGUCUUCAGGGCAAAGAGCCACGAUCCCGGGGCCAGGCCUACGUUUAGCCCCAUUCAUUUAGUUUUGUAAGCAACAGCAUGACGUCGAUGAUGAGGUUGGUAAUGACUUGAAAGAGGACUCCAAAAGAAGAGUUGCAGCCAUGCUCCCCGAAUUGAACCAAAACGUUGCACAUACGAAUAAAGUUUUUUAUUUUUCGCAACACAUACAAUAGUACUAAUAAGCGAUAACUUUCGUUCUUGUAUUCUAAUUACUUUUUAAAUUACAUCUCAUAAGUCCCUUUAUCAUAGUUCGGCAUGAAUGACUACAACCGCGCGGUUAUGCGCGGAAUAACAGGUGAAUGUGAAUGUGGCUUAAUGAAUGAUGUUUUGUAUACAUUAGGCUCUGUUGCUGCGUAUGUUUGUUCGUUCGCUUUAAGAUUAAUGAAGAAAAAGAAAAAAAAUAUAAAAAAUGAACAGUAAAUAUUAGAACGAGAAAAUGUACGAUAAAUUGCUCAUUGUGCUCAGGUAUUAUUAUGUUCUUCGGUUUCACUACACCUUCCCUACCUUCGCUUCUUCCUCCCCUUAAGUUCGUUCCAAUGAGCUUUAGAUGUGCCCAGCCAUAGAAUGUACGGAAACCCAACCAUGUUUUAAUCGAUGAGGAAUAUGAAAGGUCAGUACGGAAAGUAAUUUGAGUAUUAUUCCAUUUUGCUUCGCCGAUACAAUUACCAGAUGGAAUCGUCUACGGGAGGUAAUGGAAAUAUUCGAGAUUACGAGAAAAGAAGUUGCACAAACUCAAUACUUACAGUAAUUUUUCCGCUAAAACUGUUGCCAAAAAUACGUAGCCUCCGCAGCGAAGUCGACUUUUCUACUACAUAUUUCAUCUGAUUUGUACAUAGUAUUGACAUUAGUCAGAGGUUUCUAGCGGAUCCUCGACAUACGUAUAAGAACGAAAAACACUAAUAAAUUUAGAUAUAGAUAUCCGUUGUAACCAGCGAAACUGACAAGCAGAGAUAGUUGCUGGCGAGUGCAUUAUUUCGGGAAAUCGGCUUGCCAGCUCCGAAACUACAAGCUUUUCCUAUUCAACAAAAUAUGUUAUAUAUAUUUGUAUAUUAUUUAUACAGACGCCUGUUCAACUCAUUUUUAAAUCUGUAAUUUGUAUGUAUAGCGAUAGGUUGGAAUAAUAAGUUGAAAUUAUAUACAGUGUAAGUAGUUACGAUAUACGCUUAAGUAAUGUUAGUCUUCAAGCAGAAUAGGAAAUUCUAACGAGAAAUUUGUAGCUUCUAAACGACGUUUUCACUUAAUUUGCAGAGUAACCGAAAUUACUUUUGUAAGUCUUAUUUUUGAAAAAAAAAACAUAAAUUAUUGUAGCAAGCGCUACUGAGUAUUAUGUUCAUUUUAUAUACCGUAAAAAUUUAUUAUUAGGCAAAAUAUAUUGAAAUUAUGAGAAAUAUAAUAAAAUUUACGUGUAAAGACUGAAA